AAUAGAUCUAUUGUAAAGAUUUUAAGAAGGUUUUUGUUAAUAAGGAGAAUUGGACAAUAUGUUACAGGAUCAAAUGAGUGAAUGAGAUCACCAGUGAGAAUGAGUCCAACUGUUUGGACCCUUGCGAGACACCUGAGGCUCCCUGAACACCAGUAUGAAAACCACAGGGCUAGCAGACACAGAGCUAGAUAUCUGACUUUGAGUCACCCUGAGCACACUGUUCCUGCAGUCUGAGUGCAGAUGGGGGCACAGGUCCAAGAUGGUCCUCUUGGAAUUUGGGCAUCUUCAUCUGUAUCCGCUGUGCUGGUAUCCAUCGAAACCUGGGGGUCCACAUAUCCAAGGUUAAGUCUGUCAAUCUGGACCAGUGGACACAGGAGCAGGUCCAGUGUGUUCAGGAGAUGGGAAACGCCAAGGCCAAACGUCUCUACGAGGCCUUCUUACCUGAGUGUUUUCAGCGCCCCGAGACAGACCAGUCGGCAGAGAUCUUUAUCAGGGACAAGUAUGACAAGAAGAAGUACAUGGAUAAGGUCAUUGACAUCAAGAUGCUCAGGAAAGAAAAGAGCUGUGAAAACAUACCCAAAGAACCAGUUGUGUUUGAGAAGAUGAAAUUGAAAAAAGACAUCAGUCCCAAGACAGAUUCCCAGUCUGUUACAGACCUACUCGGAUUAGAGGCCUCUGUUGCAAGUCCUGUAGUGUCUAAUGGUGGAGGAUGUGUGCCAGACAGUAAUAAGAGCCCUGCGGUGUCCAAUCCAGCUCUGGCACACUCUGCACUGGAUCUCUUCAGCUCCCAGCCAGCACCCUCCUCUGCUUCCUUCACUAAACCCACGCCGGUUUCCAACUCAAUGCUUCAAAGCAGAGUGACUGCCUCGGUGCCUGAAAACCUCAGUCUGUUCCUGGAUCCAGCACCCAAAGCAGAGGAGGCCACUGUCAGGAAACUGUCCAAGGACUCGAUUCUCUCUCUCUACGCCUCCACCCCCUCAGUGCACACCAGCAGUAUGGCUACUCACGCAGGGUUGUACUUGAACCAAAUAGGAUACCCGACACACCCAUACGGAUCGUACCAUUCCUUAGCCCAGGCAGGUGGCAUGGGAGGUGCCAUGAUGACAUCACAGAUGGCCAUGAUGGGACCGCAACAGAGCGGCGUGAUGGGACAGCAGAACAGCUUAAUGGGUGCCCAGGGAGCCAUGGCUCAGCCUAGUGGUGUUAUGGCAUCACCCUACAUGACAGGAAUGACCCAGGGCAUGAUGGGACAGCAGCAAAGCGGAAUGAUGGUUCAGCAGCAGAGUGGCAUCAUGGGACAGCAGCAGAGUGGGAUGAUGGGACAGCAGCAGGUUACAGGCUUACCUCAGCAGCAGGUGUACGGAGUGCAACAUGCCCAGCAGCUACAGUGGAACAUUACUCAGGUGACUCAGCACAUGGCCGGCAUGAACCUCUACAACACCAAUGGCAUGAUGAGAUACAGCAGUCAACAAAUGGGAGGCUCGACAACUCCAAGCUCAGCGCACAUGACAGCACACGUUUGGAAAUGAUCUCAUCUAUCCAGAAAGUGAUUUAACUUCAAAAACCCAUGAAAGAGAGGGGAACUGAGUUGUAGAAAUUGGUGGAUCACACUCUCCAGGAGACAUUUUCUAAUGCAAGGGAGGAGGAGAAGGAGGAGACAUAUGUAAAGAAAAAUAGGCUUUGGGAAACCAUUACUACCUCUCUUUCUCUCUCCAGUCUGCCCAUGCCUCCUCCUCUCGUCCCAUCCAUUGCCAUGUUUUGCAUAUUCCCAUGCUUGCCUUCAGAACACUUUGGUAUGAUGACCACAACAACAGGGUUCAGAGGUUCACUGGCUAGGACUACACUUCUACCCAUCUUUCCUACCUGCCUGUAUGUGAGAGUGUGUGCGCGCCAUAGAGACAAAAUGGAUUUUUCUUUUUAUAUCAUACAUUUGAUUUUUAAAGCAACACUUUGUAACUUUUUGUCCCUUAAAAUUAUGUUUCCGAAAAACGUUUCAGUGGUUCAUCAACUUGUAACAGGAUGAACGGCGUUUCUGCAUUCGCUCUGCGGCUUUCUACCGGCUAUAACCGCACUAUGCAAGUUUGCCAGAUCGGGGGAGCUGUAGUUCCAAUGAGACAUAAUGGGACAAUUCUGCCCCCCAGCUGUAGGGGGACCGAGGUGGGAACAUUUACAUAGUGCUGCUUUAAAAGAACAGUUUUGGUUUUUGCAGAACGUUUUUCAGAAUCAGCGUGGCUUUAACUCAGUUGGUAGAUGUCCUUCAAUAUUGACGUUUAUUUGAAUAAUACGCAUUUACCAUAAAAAGAGUAAAACAUCUUGUAGCAUGAAUAAUGGGUUAAUGUUUUGUAAUUUGUGAAUUUUUUGCUAAGUGUUAGAUGAGUAGGCCAAUACCACACUUAUGUCUGUGUAUUAAAUAUGAGGCUACCACCUGCAGCUGGUUAGCUUAACAUAAGUACUAGAAAAAAAUGACUGACUUUGUAUGUAUUUAACAAAUUAGAUAUAUGUGUUCAUCAGUGAACCUUAGAUGUGCUAGUUGACAGAAUUUGUCCACUUUGGACGGACACAGGCUAGCUAUUUCCACCGGUUUCUAGUCUUUGUGCUAAGCUAUCUGGCUGCUGCUGUUAGCGUACCAUGCAGACAUGAGAGUGCUAUCAAUUUUCUCAUGGAACUCUUAGCAAGAAAGGGAAUUAGCAUUCAGCUAAGACUUCGGUUCAUGUUAAACCAAAAUCUUUAACCCAUAACAUUUCUUAAAAUGUUCACAUCAGAAUCCGAUAAUAAGCUCAAUUUUAGCCGCAACCAUAUUUGUGAAGGAGCAACUUUGAGCCAGCUUUUAAGCACACAAGGGUUACGAUUUGAUAGCGUAAAGGUUUUAGUUAGUUUAAGCUAGGCCAGACUAUGCUAACAGUCUUAAUGUAUUAGCUUCAAGUACCUUACUUGUAAAAUCUUACAAAAAUCAAUGUGUCCCCUUCCCAAAUACGACAAUAUUUCAAUUUAAGAAAUCCCUUUACGCGUUGAUAAGAUCCUAGAUCCUAGAUCCUAGUUAGUUUGCAGCUACACAACCUACCUAAACCUUAUUUAUGAUGUCUUCUGCUCACUUUACACAGGGCUUCUUUUAGAUCCAAUAUCUAAUAAGUGUCAAAAGUCCUAAACUGGAUUUUGGGAGACCAAAGAUCAAUGCUAGCUUUAAUAUGGUUGUACAGUAUCCCAAUGCUUUGUUACGUCUGUGUACCCACUUUACUAGUGAUCAGUAGAACAUUCACAACUCAGAACGUUGACAUUAACAGUAUGUUCUGUCAAACCUGCUCGUUUGGACAUAUCAAUUCACUGUGCUGUUUCCGCUGGGAUAUUUAACAAGUCACUUGCAUGCACAUAAAUGUUGAGGUAAUGCUCACACACCUCGAGUUAAUCUACCUUGUACAAUAGAGGCCUCAAAUAAUGUUGAAUGUCUGUAAAUAAGAGAGAAGUAGAGCAAGAGGAAGAGAUGGGGACAGAGUCGAAAGAAAAACCAUAAGGUACAGAUCAGCCAUGUUUCAGAUUCUUCCACUGAAUGGCAUGAAGAGAAUGUUUAUCCAGCUCUGAUUGUAUGUACUGUAUACAUACUGAAUGUGUCUCUCUGAAUGUUUCUCUCUACGUGUCGACUGCUCUACGACCAAGACACGACGAAAUGUCUCAAUGAAUGUGUUUUGCAAAUGUACCGAACUCAUUUUGAACACGAGUAGUAUUGCUGGGGUGUGCUUGUUUUUGAUAUUCUACGACUCUGUCGAGCAAUGUAAGCGUUGUGUCUUUUGAAUGUUUUUGGAGAAUUGUUAAAUUCCAACCUUUUUUUUAUAUAUAUAUAUAUAUAUAUAUAUAUCUUACUGUCAAAUUAACAGCAAACUGUGACCAGACUGACACAUUUUCAGGUCACUCGGGAACGUUGACAAUUUGGCCAAAACACAUUGUGAAGCCAAAAGCGAUUGUACGACCACAAUCUGUCACCUCUCUAUGUUGAAGUGAACCCUUUCCCACACAAGCCAUCUCUCCCUGUGUCCUGAUCUUCUCUGAAAGUGUUUCUAAAUAUGUUAAUUCUUAUAAAUGCAUGAAGCCAUUAGUGUAAA